AUGCAUUUUCCAGCUAUUCUCGCCGGCCUCGCCGCGUUCUCUACCACUGUUACCGCCGCCCCUGCGGAAAAGCCUCACCACUCUCCUCUCAACGUCCCCCUCGGUGUUCUCACCCACCAGAAGAACAAUAAGCUCACAGAGCUGGAGUUCGUCAACGUGUACUCUAUUGUGAAGGGCGUCGAGCCCCCCAAGAUGGAUCAGAUCAGAUGCCAGAUGUAUAAGGAUCAGUAUGGCACUGUGCCUAUCACCAAGGAUCUCACUACGGAGAAUGGUGUUGUUAGCAAGAAGCCGAUCUACCUUGGAUGGGUUCUCUGCCGUGUCAAGGCGCAGAAGUAG